GCUGGCGACGCGCCCCUUAAGAGCUCCGGAGCAGCCAGCCGCCGACGUUCCUCUGUGCUGCGCCAGGAGCUGCUCAGGCACUCUGCGCCCCCGCUCUGUCCUGCAUCCCGCCGCCGCCGCCGCCAUGCCCUUCUCCAACAGCCAUAAUACGCAGAAGCUGCGCUUCCCGGCCGAGGAUGAGUUCCCUGAUCUGAGCAGCCAUAACAACCAUAUGGCCAAGGUGCUGACCCCCGAGCUGUAUGCUGAGCUCCGUGCCAAGAGCACACCAAGCGGCUUCACGUUGGACGACGUCAUUCAGACUGGCGUGGACAAUCCGGGCCACCCGUUCAUCAUGACCGUGGGUGCGGUGGCGGGCGACGAGGAGUCCUACGAGGUGUUCAAGGAAAUCUUCGACCCCAUCAUUGAGGACCGGCACGGCGGCUACCAGCCCAGCGAUGAGCACAAGACGGACCUCAACCCAGACAACCUGCAGGGCGGCGAUGAUCUGGACCCCAACUACGUGCUGAGCUCUCGGGUGCGCACGGGCCGCAGCAUUCGUGGCUUCUGUCUCCCCCCGCACUGCAGCCGCGGGGAGCGCCGCGCCAUCGAGAAGCUGGCAGUAGAAGCCCUGUCCAGCCUGGAUGGAGACCUGUCAGGCAGGUAUUACGCGCUCAAGAGCAUGACCGAAGCGGAGCAACAGCAGCUCAUCGACGACCACUUCCUCUUCGACAAGCCCGUGUCGCCCCUGCUGCUGGCCUCCGGCAUGGCCCGCGACUGGCCGGAUGCUCGCGGCAUAUGGCACAAUGACAAUAAGACUUUCCUGGUGUGGAUCAACGAGGAGGACCACCUGCGGGUCAUCUCCAUGCAGAAGGGGGGCAACAUGAAGGAAGUGUUCACCCGAUUCUGCACUGGCCUCACCCAGAUUGAAACUCUCUUCAAGUCUAAGAACUAUGAGUUCAUGUGGAACCCUCACCUGGGCUACAUCCUCACGUGCCCAUCCAACCUGGGCACUGGACUGCGGGCCGGUGUGCACAUCAAGCUGCCCCACCUGGGCAAGCAUGAGAAGUUCUCGGAGGUGCUCAAGCGGCUGCGGCUUCAGAAGCGAGGCACAGGCGGGGUGGACACCGCUGCUGUCGGUGGAGUUUUCGACGUCUCCAACGCCGAUCGCCUGGGCUUCUCGGAGGUGGAGCUGGUGCAGAUGGUGGUGGAUGGAGUGAAGUUGCUCAUUGAGAUGGAACAGCGGCUUGAGCAGGGUCAGGCUAUCGACGACCUUAUGCCUGCCCAGAAGUGAAGCCUGGCCCUCACCACCACCAGCCUGCUGCUUCCUAACUUAAUACCCGGGCAGUGCCCGCCAUGCAUCCCUGAUGUUUGCCGCCUGGCGGCUGAGCCCUUAGCCUCGCUGUAGAGACUUCUGUUGCCCUGGGUAGAGUUUAUUUUUUUGAUGGCUAAGCUGUUGCUGACACUGAAAUAAACUAGGGUUUGGCCUGCCCUAUGUCUCAUGA